ACACAACAUAGCCGUUGGCUGCAACUGUAACAUUAUUGGUGAGCAAUAACAAUUCUCAAUUAAAAUCUCACAUCCGUUGUUUGUAAAGAACGCAUGACUAUUAUCAAUCGUCGAAAAUGUAGACACUAACAAGUAACCAGAGUCUCUAGGUAGUAACAAGGUAACUGACGUCAUCAAACCUUCAGUGGGGCCAUGAGCGCCCGCGCCCUUGGUACGACUCUUAUCUGGUCCGACUGCCGCGCGGCCGGGCGCACCGCCUCGCUCUCACUCCUGCCUUUACCUUCGUCCGCCUCACAGCGCGCCCAUGGCUCCGCUCGUGCUAGCUUUGGCUCUGCUAGCGUCAGCACACGCCAACGAGGUAUGUUACGACGACCUGGGAUGCUUUGACGAUCUAGGAGUCUGGGCCGGGCGCGGUCUACCAGAAGCACCCAUCGAACUCGCCACCCGCUUCCUGCUUUACACUCGCAAUGCCAACUACGAGUAUGAGAUCAUGUACGACAAGGAAGCUAUGCUCGGCUACUCCGACUUCGAUGCCUCCAGGGCGCGAACGAUCGUCCUCAUCCAUGGUUUCGCAGACAGCUGUGACGAAGCUUGGCCUCUGGAAAUGAUGCAAGCACUUCUUGCCGAAGAAGACGCAAACGUAAUGUGCAUUGACUGGAACUUUGGAAGCGACGUCUACGAGAAAGCUCGCGACAACUCUCGCCUUCUCGCUGCUGAAGCUGAACGCAUGUUCAACUGGCUGGGUGCUCAAACCGGCCUUCUUCCAUCUCAGCUCUACCUAAUCGGGCAUGAUAUUGGCGCUCAUGCGGCUGCCUACAUUUCCAACCGGCUUGGCGGAGUCCCCCGCAUCACCGGCCUCGAUCCGGCAGCGCUUGACUUCGAAGAUGCGGACUCUCUGGUGCGUCUGGAUACCAUGGAUGCGGAACUGGUGGACGUGAUCCUUUCGAACGCAGCUGGGUAUGACGCGUUUGGUCUGGGAACCACGGCUCUCACCGGUCAUGUGAGCUUCUAUCCGAACGGAGGAGUGCACCAGACAGGGUGUGAGGACACCAUCCACAGCUACAUCCGCCACUUGUCUGGCCUGCGCACCCUCAAGAUCAGCCGCUCCGAGUGGUUGUCAGCCGCCUGCAGCCACUUCCGCUCCACCGCCUUCUUCACCGAGUCCAUCAGCUCAUCCUGUGGCUUCCUCGCCGUGCCUUGCUCCUCCUGGGACGCCCUCGUCUCCGGAACCUGCCCCUCCCGAUGCCACAGCGGAGAAUGUCGCAACAUGGGUUUCCACGCUGACCGACACACGGCAAAUUCGGGCUCUUUCUAUCUAUUCACGGAGCCGUCUUCGCCCUACUGUGAGGCAUUUAUGAGCUUGGAGGUUGUGAUCGGGUAUGGACAGGAGAGCACGGAGGGCAAACUAACGGCGAAGGUGCUGGGACCCGAGGCGCAGACGUUCACACUGCAGGACGGACCGAUCGCCAAGUCGGACGUGUUCCACGAUAGUUUCUCCGGCUCUGAUCCCGGCUCUGGUGACCUGCUGGUGGAGCUAACCUACACGAGGGCGUCAUCGACCAUUUUCCACCACUACAGCACCUCGCUGGAACUGAACAACAUCGAGGUGUCCGUCUCAGACGGUGACAUGCAACUGAGGACCUACUGGAUCGGAUCCACCGUCCUGGAGACUGGUGUGCCAAAGACCGUCGUGGUGCCGCCCUUCUAAACGGCAAGACGGAGUCUUCUAAACGGCUCGACAGGGUCUUCUAGACAGCUCGACAGGUCUUCAAGACGGCUAGACGGGGUCUUCUAGAAAGUUCGACGGGUCUUCUAGACAGCUUGACAGUUCGACAGGGUCUUCUAGACAGCUCGACAGGGCCUUCUAAACAGCUCGACUGGGUCUUCUAAACAUCCCUUCUACACUGCUUCACGGAGUCUUCUAAACAUCCCUUCUGGACAGCUUGACGGGGUCCUCUAGCCUUCCUAGCUCGACGGGCUCCUCAGCGGGCUCCAGAACAAGCGCCGCCGGAAAAAGAUCGGUGUAGGAGCACUAUAUGAGCGGGAGACGCAUGGGGAACUUAUGUUAUAUGCUUUAAAUACGAGAUAAUGCCUAAAUUUU